AAUUAACUUAUUGCUUGGCUUGCAAUUUUCAAAAUUAUCUGGCUUCAUUUACUAUCUAAUCCACGUUAGUCAAUUCCUGAAAAAUUGUCUCCUAAGUGAUUUCCCAUAAUAUCUCCGUGUCAAUUUUAAGUAUUUAUCACCAAUAUGUGUCUCCCAUAAAACUGACAUAUUUACUCCGCCGAUCCGUAGAAUUUUUGACUGACAUUUCGACAAUACACCAUAAUUUUAUACGACAUCGGCCUGACAACGAUCCACUAAGGAGCCGCAAUGUAGCCCCCCAUAAUUCGGGGCGCCUCAAACUAUUAUCUCGGGCUUUGUGGGGGCGCUCGGUGUAUGAACGCGACUUACAAGAAAACGUCGCCUUCGCACUACCGACAUGGGAAAUGGAAUGAACAGAGUUUUGCCUGGUCUGUACGUGGGCAACUAUCGUGACUCGAAGGAUCCCGCCCAGCUGGAGCGACAUCGAAUAACACACAUCGUCGCCAUACACGACGGGGCCAGGAGGCAGCAUCUCGAUAUGCAUUAUCUGUGUGUGAUUGCUUCGGAUUCGCCGGGGCAGAAUCUCUCGCAAUAUUUUCCAUUAUGCAACGAUUUCAUUCAUGCGGCCAGACUCAGAGAUGGAAAUGUUCUUAUUCAUUGUCUGGCAGGCAUGUCACGCAGUGUGACGGUUGCAGUAGCUUACAUUAUGAGCGUCACGAAUCUCUCUUGGAAAGAAGCCUUAAAAGUGGUACGCGCCGGCAGAGCUGUCGCGAAUCCAAAUCAAGGUUUCCAGAAACAACUGCAAGACUUUGAACAGAAAAUGCUUGCAGAGGAACGCCGCAGGCUUAAAGAGCGUUACCCCAGUUUGGCGUUGGAGGCAUCCGACCGCGAUAACUGCGCGAUUAUGCUGGACUCUUACCAAAGUUUACUUUCCGCAAGGCAUAUCUGCGAAGGACAGUGUCCCAUGGGUCAACCCUGCCCUACAGGGGUAUGUCGUACCGGUACCGGCAAACGUCUCUUCCGUCGUCGAUCUUCGUCCGCCCGUCCCGGGCCACCAGCAACCACGUCCCGUUUACCAGCUUCAACUUCCAGAUCUGCCGGCAACUCGCCCGCAACGUCCUCUAGACAAACACACACUUCUAGUAGCCUCACUACUAUUUCUCAACAAAAGCAACUGAUACAGCAACAGCUGAUGCAGCAGCAGCAGCAACCAUCUACUAGCAAUACGAGUACCAGAUUGCUGCCAAAGACACCGCCGUGUUCCUCGGAGCCGUCCAGUCCACGAAGACAAGCCACUGGAAUAACUCGAUCUGCCAGUACGAUGAGCAACCAGAGAGUUCGAUCAAAUCCUUCAGGAUUAUACUCGUAUACAGGAACCGGUUCGUCAGCACCUCCAUCGCGCUCUGGUUCCCGCCUGGAUGUAUCUUACACAGAAGGCGGCGGUGGUGGCGGAGGUUCUGCAAUCGUGGUAGGUGGAACCCAAUGGGCUAGACACAGAGCCGGAUCUGCACCGAGUACUCCUCUUCCAAGUCCACCUUGCUCACCACAACACUGGCCUAGAAGGAAUGCAUCAUUGGCAAAGCGCAGUAGCGCCGCCACAUAGGGGCGCGUCCAGGGUGCUCUUCAGCCCCACCAGCACGCAUCAGGCGGGCGCAAGAUUUAUCCAGCGCCUGCCUCACCGCACGGUUCGCACACUGUCAACGCACGCACCACCGAUAUAUAUCAACAGCUUGGUCUUUUUUGCAAAUGGCACUUUGGAGCUUCACGUAAGUGAAUGGAUAAUGUAAUUUAUGUAAGGGUCGAAAAUUAAUUAACAAGUUAAUCGCCAUGUGUGUCAUAUGUGUCUGAGGCUAAGAAGUU